UACCACAUGUAAUGGGUUGCUACUAUCCCUUCUCCCCCAUUUGAGUGACUGUGGCCUUGUGAGGGCCUCACAAGGAUAAUAGGGCAGAGCUGGUGGGGCAGCAUGGAUGACAUCAAGAUCUCUGUUCCAACAAUGGAGAGGUGUAGGAACAUCCAUCGCAAGUCGGAUAAGAGUGAUAAAAUCUCUGCAAAGUCUAUAAAGAGAUACAGUACCAUUCAAAAGCUGAGCCUUCCAGUUAUUCGGCAGCUGUACCAGCUCAUGACAAAGGGAAAACAUGCGCUCAAUUUCAUGUUCUUCGAAAUGGACAAGAGGGGACAAAAGAAAUACGUGGAUGCGCCUGAAGAGACUCUGUCAACCUAUCAUGAGUCUUUCCUAUAUGGACGAGUUCCUCUCACUAUUAAAGUCCGUGCAGCAUUGAGGGCUGGCAAGAUUGGCUACACGUUGGCCCUGGUGGAGUUCGUUUUGGCACUGUUGUCAGUCAUUCUGUACAUACGGUCGACAAAGGAGAAGGAGGCCAAGAAGAAGGCCCUGCAGGAGGAGCAGGCGACAAAAUUGAAGAAGAUGGAGGAGGAAAUGGCUAGAGAAAAAGAGAGGUUGAAGAAGGAGGAAGAGGAUAAAUUGAAAGAGAUGGAAGAGGAAGAAGAAGAUGAAACGCCACUGCAACGGAGGAGAGGGCAACACGGUGGCAGCAAAGAUGAAGAGAUGGAGAAACGGAUUUCGGAGUGGGUCGCCAACUUAUCCCUGGGCGAAGACGAAGAGGUAACCAUGUAUAUCCCCAAGGAUGAGCAGGAAGCCGCUAUGAAGAAAUGGGAUGAAGAAGAAGAUGUGCUGAAGCGGCAGGCGAUGGAAGAUGAAAGGAGGAUGGUGUGGAAACUUGCAAUGAUGAGGGAGAAGAAAAGAAGAGUGGAGGCGGCAAACCUCCAACAAAAGGUGGAUAUCAUUGCCCAGAGCGUCGAGCGUUUAGCGAGGGUACAAGAACAACAGUACGAGUUUAGCCGAAGUCAGGACAUAGCUGUGCGUUCGAUGCGGAUGGGGUUCCGGGACUUUGCUCGCGAAUUGGUAGGAGCUGUAGGAGCCGAGGUGAACCAUCGCCUCGAGAAGACUGAGCGUUUUUGUGUUGGCGCCAUUGAAGGCGUCAAGGUGGCAGCUCCCAAGGAGGGCGAGCCGCGUCCUCGUAGGGAGCUAGUCAAGGUUAAGUUCCCUGAUUCCUACACUGGAAAGAGGGAAGAAAACUUUGACAAUUGGGAGGCCAAUGUCAAGACCUAUGUGCAYCUGCAACAGGUCUCCUCGGAUCAGCAUGUCUUGAUUGCCAUCCAUGCGCUCAGAGACGAAGCUGCCAGCUUUGCAAGGUCCCUAGUUCGCGCCGCCGACUGCAAUGAUGAUGCAGUUACCUAUUCGUCAUUUACCUCCCUCGUCGAGUUCAUGAAAUUGCUGCGCGAGCGAUUUGCUGAUGUCGUUCGUAGUGUCAAGCCUCAGAUAAACUCCAAACCAUCCACUCCCACGUAUUUCCGCCUAGAGAAAGAUGGGAAAGUGGAGAAGGUUCUCCACUCCCUAACUCUCCUCGUAGAAGACAGCCUCCCAUUUGAUAUUGUUCUGGGGAUGGAUUGGGGAGAGGCAGCCGGGGCCACGCUCCAUUUGAAGGAGCAUGAGUGUAGGCUCCCUAGUUCUUCAGGCGAGGCCAAGACUGCCCGCCUGUUCCAUGUGUCAAGAGUAGAGAAUCCCUUGGCACAUUGCUGCCUUAGUGCUCCUGCGUUCGCCGGAUUAGUGAAAAAGGAGAAAUUGGAGGAACAGGUUUUUGUUGCCUAUGUUAGGCCAGUGACUGAGCCUACGAAAGAAAAGUCGAUGGACCCUGCGAUUGCCAAGCUGCUGGAAGAGUUCAAGGACCUAACUGAGCCAUCGAUAGGAGUGGUACCGCGGCCCAUCCAACACCCUAUUGAGAUAGAGCCUGGCAGUAGAACUCCUAAGGGCGUUGUGUAUAGGAUGUCCACACGGGAGUUAGAGGAGCUUCGCAGGCAAUUAGACGAGCUCCUCGAGAAGGGUUGGAUUAGGCCCAGUUCGUCUCCUUUUGAAGCGCCUCUUCUCUUUGUUCCCAAGAAAGAGGGAGAGCUGAGGAUGUGCAUAGACUAUAGGGGUCUGAAUGCUAUUACAACGAAGAAUGCUGAGCCACUGCCUAGGAUAGACGAUCUCUUAGAUCGAGUGCAGGGGGCGAAGUACUUCUCCAAGAUAGAUUUGAAGUCCGGAUAUCAUCAGAUAGAAGUGCAUCCUGAUGAUCAAUAUGAGACAGCCUUCCGGACUAAAUAUGGGCACUACGAGUUCAUAGUGAUGCCCUUUGGACUAACCAAUGCGCCAACAGCGUUCCACCGUUGUAUGAACGAUCUGUUUAGGCCAUGGUUAGAUAGAUUUGUUGUUGUCUAUUUAGAUGAUAUCUUAGUGUUUAGUAAGACCCUCCAAGAACACCAGGGUCAUCUCAGGCAGGUCUUGGAGAAGCUGAGGGAAGCUAACUUCAAGAUCAAUGCAAAGAAGUGCGAUUGGGCAAAGACCCAAGUGUUAUACCUAGGCCACGUCUUAGACGGAGACGGCGUUAAACCAGAAGAUUGUAAAAUCGCAGCGAUUAGAGAUUGGCCCACGCCACGUACGCUGAGGAAAGAGACCAUCUGGAAGUGGGACAAGGACUGCACGUCUGCCAUGAAGAAGUUAAAGCAGGCGUUGAUAGAGUAUCCGGUCCUUAAGGUAGGUGAUCCGUCCUUGCCCUUUGUCGUCACUACGGAUGCUAGCCAGUACGGCAUAGACGCCGUGUUACAUCAAGACGAUGGCAAUGGUUAUAGACCCGUAGAGUUCAUGUCCGCCAGGAUGCCUUCAGAGAAGGUCGCGACAUCUACCUAUGAGAGGGAACUCUACGCUCUCAGGCAAGCCUUAGAACACUGGAAGCACUACUUGCUUGGGAGGCACUUCAAAGUCUAUUCCGAUCAUGAGACGUUAAGAUGGUUAAAGACGCAGGCCAAGAUGACACCUAAGCUUACUAGGUGGGCCGCAGAGAUAGAUCAGUACGACUUUGAGCUCAAGCCAGUCAAGGGGGAGUAUAACGUAGUUGCGGAUGCUCUGAGUAGGAGGGCUGAUUACUUUGGGGCGAUAGUGCACUACUUAGACAUAGGGAAGGACCUGCACCAGAAGGUUAGAGAAGCCUAUGCACAGGACCCUAUCUAUAGUGACCUCCUCAAGAAGGUCAAGGAGGCCCCAGAGACUGAGCCAAACUACCGCACUACGGAAGGGUUGCUUUUUGAGAAGACUAAUGUAUUUGACCGCCUGUGCAUUCCCAAUAGUGAAGAGAUCCGUAGUCUAAUUUUGGGAGGAUGCCACGACGCAGAGGGUCAUUUUGGUUGGCAGAAGACUUUGGCCAAUCUGAUGCGCGCAUAUACUUGGUCGGGAAUGAAGAAUGACUGUGUAGAGUAUGUUCGCAGUUGCAAAGUCUGCCAGCGUAACAAGACUUCUACGCGUGCCCCGUUAGGUCUUCUCAGACCCUUGCCCAUUCCGGAUCAGCCGGGAGACUCAGUGUCCAUAGACUUCAUGGACACUCAGGUCAAGAGCAGGCAUGGCAAGAGCCAAGUCAUGGUCAUAGUUGACCGUUUUAGUAAAUACGCAGUUUUUGUUCCUUUGCCUUCAAAGGCACGUACUGAUUUAGUCAUACAGAGGUUUUUUGACUGUUGGGUUGCGGGUUCGAUCCUUGGAGUGAGCGAUUUCCUUUGAUUCAGCAAUUUGGAUUGGAGCUUGGAAGGCUAUGAAUGAAAAUGAACUUUCAUG